AUGGCAAGAUUUGCAGGAACACAAGAGAAAAAUGUAAGGAUUGUGCUUGUGGGGAGAACUGGAGAUGGAAAAAGCAGCACCGGGAACACAAUACUCGGUGAAGAUGUUUUCACUGCCUCUAAUGCAGCCGUUUCUGUAACUUCUGAAUGUAAAUCAGAAACAAGAGAGAUAAAUCACUGCAGGAUCACUGUUACCGACACACCUGGAAUUUUUAACAACAGGCUUAGUGAGGAAAACUUGAAAAAAGAAAUACUGAAAUGCAUGACUGAAUGUGCUCCAGGACCUCAUGCUUACAUGAUUGUUUUAAGAGUUACAAGAAUUACCGAACGAGAACAAAAUGUACUGAAGUACCUGAAUGAUUUGUUUGGAGAAGAAGCUCUAAAAUAUUCAAUCAUUGUCUUUACUCAAGGUGAUAAACUUGAUUCCGGUAAAACUGUUAGUGAUUUUGUUGAAGAUAACAGGGAACUGAAGAGGUUUGUUGAUAAAUGUGGAGGUGGCUAUCAUGUCAUUGAUAAUAAAUACUGGAAGAACAGUUACGACAACUACAGGAACAACACAGUUCAGGUUGAGAAUAUCAUUAGAAGUGUAGAAGAUAUGCUGUUGAGAAAUGGAGGAGGAUGUUUCACCCAAAAAAUGCUGCAGAAAAUUAUGGGAGCAAGGGAGACAGGAUUCUGGUCCGUUACUCACCUGAGCGGGGAUUUACGGUAA